AUAACUUUUAUUUCCUUGUCCUUCUCCUUCUCUUCCCAGCUACUUAGGGAACCAAAUUAAAUACCAGAAACCUCUUUCUGUCAAUACCCUUUUUCAAAAAAAAUUUCUGGAAUAUCUGGGAUUUUUUUUUUUUUUUUUGGAAUUCAUUUUUAUGUGUCAUGUUGUUGUAGUACAGAAAAGUAACAACAGCAAGAUAGGAAAGAAAGAAAAUCUGGUAAAGAAAAUGGAAGCAGGUGAAAGAAAGGAAGAUCAGAGUUUACCUCCAGGAUUCCGUUUCCAUCCAACAGAUGAAGAACUCAUCAGUUUUUAUCUUGUUAACAAGAUUUCAGAUGCUACUUUUACAGGCAGGGCAAUUGCUGAUGUUGAUCUCAACAAAUCCGAGCCAUGGGACCUUCCAGGGAAGGCAAAGAUGGGAGAAAAAGAAUGGUACUUCUUCAGCCUGAGAGAUCGAAAGUAUCCAACAGGGGUUAGAACAAAUAGAGCCACCAACACUGGGUACUGGAAGACCACUGGAAAGGACAAGGAGAUCUUCAACAGUGUUACAUCAGAGUUGGUAGGAAUGAAGAAGACUCUAGUUUUCUACAGAGGGAGAGCUCCUAGAGGAGAGAAGACCAACUGGGUCAUGCAUGAAUAUCGUAUUCAUUCCAAAUCUGCCUUCAGGACUACCAAGCAGGAUGAAUGGGUAGUUUGUCGUGUAUUUCAAAAGAGUGCUGGCGUGAAAAAAUACCCAACAACAAGUCAAUCAAGAUCUGUAAAUCCCUACAAUCUGGAAAUGGGAACAAGCGUAAUCCCGCCAGUGAUGCAGCAGGCAGCAGAAAACUAUCAUCACUUUCCAAUGGGAAGAAGCUACAUGCAGACCAACGCAGAGCUGGCUGAGCUUUCAAGGGUAUUGAGAGGUGCUUCAAGCACUUCUUGUGCAUCUUCUAACCAGCUACCUAUACAAUCCCAUAUAAAUUACCCUGGAGGAGGAGGAUGCUUCACCAUUUCUGGCUUGAAUCUGAAUCUUGGUGGGGCAACCGUGGCACAGCCUGUUCUGCGGCCAGUGCAACCGCCGCCACCGGUGAAUCAACAGGACGUUGCUGCAGCUUCCAUGAUGAAUAGUACUAGUACUUCUUUUGCCGCGGAGAAUGUGUACGCGGCAGAAAUAAACAGUGCAAAUGGACCUAGCAACAGGUUUAUCAGCAUGGACAAUUGCAUGGACUUUGACAACUUUUGGCCUCCUUAUUGAUGGACUUGCAAAUUAGAUUAAGAUAAAUUAAGGUCGUGUUAGAGUAGAUAAAUUAUGUUUUAAGUCGGAUAUUUUCAGCUUCUUUUUAAUCUGUUAUCAGAUUGGGUUAACUACCCAUCUGUUAGACAAAUAUUUUUGCUCA